CAGGCUCCCAGCAUCCCGUGGACAGGCUCUCAGCAUCCCGGGGACGGGCUCCUAGCAUCCCGGGAGGGACAGGCUCCCAGCGUCCCGGGGACGGGCUCCGAGCAUCCCCGAGCACUCCGGAUGCCUCCCGGCAGCGCGAUUCCUCCCGCAGGCUUUCCCGCGGUGCGGAGCUCCAUGCGGCCAUCGUUUGCCCGGAUUCUCCAUCCCUGGCUUGUGUAAUGGAGCAAAGAAAAGAGCUGCUGGACUCAGACUCAAAUCUUACAAAAUGGGGGAGUUUGAAAAGCCCAUUAUCAGGAGACGAAAGCAAGAAUAAUUUAGGAAAUGUUCAAAACAACAAGCCUAAGAAAAAGAAGCUUAAAGGAAGAUCUUCAAAAUGGUCUCAGAGAUAUAGCCCACAGAAUUAUGAGCAUGAAGAUGCAGGAGAUACACCAUUGACAUGCUCCAAAGAUGAGACCUGGUGCCAUGAUUCCUCUGAGAGUAAUAGCAAGUCUCAUAUUUGGAGAAAUCAUACAGGGAAAGAAGAGGAAGACUCCCAUCAUCAAGAAUCACAUCCCGGAGAACUUGCUAACAUCUCUAUUCAGUGCAAUUCAUCUUUUGGAGAAAAGUUGUACAAAUGUUCUGACUGUUGGAAAAGCUUCAGCAAUAAUUCUCAUUUGCGUGCUCACCAGAGGACCCACUCUGGAGGAAAGCGUUAUAAAUGCUCUGAAUGUGAGAGAUGCUUUUGUAACAGUUCUCAUCUGACUCAGCACUUGAGAACACACACAGGGGAGAAGCCCUACAAGUGUGGUGAGUGUGGGAAAAGCUUCAGCAAUACUUCCCAUCUUAUUAUCCACCAAAGAACUCACACGGGCGAGAAACCCUAUAAAUGCCCUGACUGUGGGAAGGGCUUCAGUAGCAGCUCUCACCUUACUCAGCAUCACAGAUCACAUACUGGUGAAAAGCCAUAUGAAUGUCCUAUUUGUGGGAAAGGCUUCAGUCACAGCUAUGUUCUAAUCGAACACCAGAGGACUCACACUGGAGAAAAGCCCUAUAGAUGCCCUGAUUGUGGGAAGCACUUCAGUCAGAGUUCCAGCCUGCUUCGCCACCAGCGGACACACACAGGUGAGAAGCCCUACAGGUGCCUGGAAUGUGGGAAGAGCUUUGGUUGUAAUUCUACUCUAAUAAAACAUCAGAGAAUACAUACAGGAGAAAAGCCCUAUGAUUGUGCAGCAUGUGGAAAGACUUUUAGUCGAACUUCAAACCUUAUAACACACCAGAAAACACAUACAGGAGAGACAUCCUGUGGGACUUCUAAGCAUGGAGAAAGUGGGCAUCAGAGCUGUGGUGGGAUAGAAGAGUGCCAAAUCCUUCCAGGAGAGAAGCCAUAUAAAUGCUGUGCGUGUGGAAAGACUUUUGGUCUCAGCUCCCAUCUUAUUAGACAUCAGAGAACACAUACAGGAGAAAAACCAUACCGAUGUCCUGAAUGCUGGAAAACGUUCAGUCAGAGCUCCACACUAGUGAUUCACCAACGGACACACACAGGAGAGAAACCUUACAAGUGCCCUGACUGCGGUGAGCGCUUCAGUCAAAGCUUCAACCUGAUCCGGCACCGAAGGACUCACGUGGGAGAGAAACCUUACACGUGUGCUGACUGUGAGAAACGUUUCAGCCGAAGUGCCUACCUCCGUCAGCAUCGCAAAAUUCAUGCAGACAAGUCUCUUAAGUCUCCGGAAGUGGGGGGCUUUCUUCAUGAGUGGACUUGGAAAAGCAGUUUAGGGGAAACGGCACUCAUCCCUUCCUUCUCGCAUUCUUCCUGAGUCUCAGGGCACGGUGGUUUUUUUCUUUACUCCUUACUGGACCUAUGGGUGUUGGGUUCUAAAGUUUCUUGGAAUGUUUGCCAGAAGAUCUAAAAAAAAUUGAACUUCCCAGUUUAAAGGAUGGUGUUGUAAUCAGGUUCACAUUGAUGGCAGAAAUCACCCAACCAAGAGCAGCUUUGGGGAAAAAAAAAGGCUUAUUUUGGCUUAUAGUCUUAAGGGAAAGCUCCUUGA